CAUAUUCUGCCGGUCAGUGACUCAACUACGUGUAAUGGUGCGUUAGCGUUAGUUCAAGAUCCGUGAUUAUUCGUGCAAUUCAUGAAUAUAAAAUUCGAAUUGGACCGUAAAUUCACAGAUUGAAGGAUGUUCAAGUUUAUAAAGGCUAAAGGGCCUCAUCCCUCUGCAGAAAGGCAGAAGUUACAAAAGGACCUUUUCUGUUACAGAAGGACGCUCCAACACGGAUUCCCCCAUAAACCGACGGCAUUGGCAUGGGACCCGUCGCUCCGGCUUCUAUGCAUCGGGACCGCCACUGGAGCCGUCAAGGUCUUCGGACGUCCAGGGGUGGAGUUCUAUGGACAGCACCAAAAUCCUAUUCCCGUCACUCAGGUCGUUUUCCUCCCGAAUCAGGGUCGUGUGGUCACGUUAUGUGACGAUAACUCCCUUCAUUUGUGGGAGGUGAAUAAGAGUAGCUUGGUGGAAGUGAAGUGCCAAGCUCUGGAAGGGAAGUUGAAGAAGAUUUCGACUAUGUGUGUGGAAACAGCUGGGAAGCAUCUUCUGCUGGGUACAGAAGGUGGUAAUAUCUAUCUUCUGGAUUUGAGCAGUUUUACGAUGACACCUGAUAUAAUUUACCAAGAUGUAGUGAUGCAAAAUGUGCCUCAAGACUAUAAAUUAAAUCCGGGGGCAGUGGAAUCCAUCAUCGAGCAACCGGAGCACCCGAAUCACAUCCUGAUAGGCUAUAACAGAGGUCUAAUUGUGUUGUGGAAUCGCGACGACAAUACGUCAGUUAAGACUUUUGUUUCUAAUCAACAGUUGGAAUCACUGUGUUGGCAUGAAGAUGGAAAGUCUUUUACUAGUUCCCACAACGACGGUAGUUACAUGGCUUGGGAUCUGGACGAGAACAAACCUUCCAACGAGCCUGUAACAACUUAUGGCCCAUUUGCGUGCCGGGCAAUUCCAAAAAUCGUCAGAAGAGAACUAAACGGCAAACCCUUGAUCGUGUUUUCCGGUGGUCUUCCUCGGUCUUCUGGCAGCGACAAAUACACAGUGUCCGUUAUUCACGACGAGCAGCAUGUGGCCUUUGAUUUUACCAGCAAGGUCAUAGACUUUCUAGUCAUUGAUUCAAAAACAGAAGAAUUCGAUGACGAAGAGAAUACUGUGACAAAUGGGACAAGCAACAGUGAACCUGACGCUCUUGUUGUGUUAGCCGAAGAGGAACUCGUGUUAAUCGAUCUCCAGUGUAAAGAAUGGAAAAUGAUAAAUUUACCAUACUUGGUGUCACUGCACGCUUCGGCCGUCACGUGCAGUCAACAUGUUUCUGGUGUCUCGGAAGAACUUUGGGAACAACUCAAAGAAGCUGGCAAGGCCCAAACAAACAACAUCUACUCAAAUAGAUCGUGGCCGAUUGACGGAGGCAGACUAUUGUGUUCAAAAGGAAGUACUCCAAGGAGAGAGUUGCUUCUGACGGGUCAUGAAGAUGGGACUAUACGCUUCUGGGACGCGGGUGGAGUUACUCUAACCCCCAUCUACAAAUUUAGCACCGCUGUGUUCUUCACUGGCGACGAGUUGGAAGAGGCGGUUCCGGAUCCAGAAGAUGUCGACGAAGAUUGGCCACCGUUCCGUAAAAUCGGUGUUUUUGAUCCGUAUUCGGAUGAUCCCCGAUUAGCGGUCAAAAAAGUUGUUUUGUGUCCAUUGUCGGGAACGUUGGUUGUUGCUGGAACUGCCGGUCAUGUGGUGGUAUCGAAGUUCGAUACGGAAGUCCUGGACGGGGAAGUGAAAGUAACUACGAUGAACAUCGUAAGCGACAGAGAUGGGUUUAUUUGGAAAGGGCACAAUCAGUUGGCUCCUAAGCAAGGGGAAAUUCACCAAACUCGAGGAUUCCAAGCUUCUUCAGUUCUUCAACUUCACCCACCCGCGGCUGUCACGGCAUGUGUUCUUCAAGCUGACUGGGGUCUGGUAGCUGCUGGUACAGCUCACGGACUCGCACUCUUCGAUUAUAUAAAGAACAAACCUGUUAUGGUGAAGUGUACCUUAAACCCGAACGAUCUCACCGGUUCCGGCGACACCCCCAUAUCGAGACGGAAGUCUUUUAAGAAGUCUUUGAGGGAGUCGUUCCGGCGACUUCGAAAAGGCCGUUCGCAGCGUCGAGCCAACACGGAAACUGCAACCACACCAAAUUCUCCACCUUCACGCAAAACAGACGACGGCCAAUUCAGUCCCUUGGAAGCGAAACCCAUUGAGAGACAGGUAGAAGCGCGACCGGUCGACGAUUCGAUGAGUUCGUUCGUGAGAUGUCUGUAUUUCGCGAGGACAUUCCUUGUAAACGCCCAAAACACGAACCCGACGUUAUGGGCCGGUACAAACAACGGCACCGUUUACACCUUCACGAUAACGGUACCGUCGGCGUCGAAAAGAGAAACGGACGACGUUACCUGCCACAUUGCCAAGGAGAUCCAGUUGAAGCAUAGGGCGCCAGUGAUAGCUAUAGCAGUAUUGGACGGUUCCAACAGGCCACUCCCCGAACCCUUAGAAGUAGAAAAAGGCGUUGCGCCUCUUCCAGACACCACCCAACCGCACAGAGUGAUCAUAGCUUCCGAAGAGCAGUUCAAAAUUUUCACUUUGCCAGCGGUUAAAGCAUUUUGUAAAUUUAAGUUAACGGCUCAAGACGGCGCCAGAGUCAGAAGGAUGGCUUUCGCUACGUUUACCUGUAAGAAUCCAGACACGGAUGCUACACAUUCCGAAAUCGACCUUUUGUGCCUGACUAAUAUUGGAGACUGUUUGGUCUUCAGUAUACCCGAUCUGAAAAGACAAUUGAAUGCUGCGGCAAUUAAACGAGAAGACAUUAAUGGUAUAUCUUCUCUAGUGUUCACGAAAAGUGCCGAAGCGUUAUAUCUGCAUUCCUCCUCGGAAUUGCAGAGGCUAUCCUUGUCGGCAACGUCGGCGACGACAGCGAGAUGUUAUCUUCCACAACCAGUAGGCGAAAACGAAGAUGCAACAUCAGACGCUGGAUCGGAAGGCGAACGACAAGAAAACCAAAGCGAAGUUUUGGUCAACGGAAAUGCCGAAGGAACUGUCGAUGCCGACAAGACAGAAGAAGUGAGAGAGAAUGACGAAGAGACACUGCACAACGUGACGGUGUCCAGUAGUGUGGGUGACAUCACCAUAGACAGUGUCAAGGAUUACCUUGGCUCAGAGUAACAUACUAAUUACAUACGAAUGCUUUUGGAAAUGAACCGAUCAAAAGAUUGAUGGAUUAAAAUUGUUUUAAAAAGUAUAUAGAACCUGCUGCUCCGAUUUUAUUGUAAAAUAUUUUUUUGCAAACAAUAUACUACCGACAUGUACUGUAUAAUACUGUUGUUGUUUCAACUGUUUAAUAAAAACUGCGUAUUGUUUACAGAUGUAAUUUAACUACAAAGUUGUAAGUUAAAACAGAAAAAUAAAAUACUAGUAUUAAUAGCUUGGAAGAGACGAUUCUAUAUUUCGUACAAAAUGAUUUAGUUAAAUUUAUUUUUUUAUCAAAAACAAGCAUUUGUCUUGAUUGGUUCUAUCCAGAAAUAAUUAAAUGAAGUUUUUUUGAACUGGUAGCUUCAAGUGUUUGGUUAAUUCGCAUUACAAUGAGAAAGUUUUAUUUGGGACUGAUUUUUGUGAUUAUUUUGUGUGAUCAUAACGCAUUAAUAAAUAUUUCUGAUAUCUAAUCAUCCAUGUGGACUUUGAAUGAUGGUAAGAGUAAGUAUGUGCAGGUAAAUAAAAACACCAGUGAAAUUUUUUGGUCGUUCAUUAGUAAUAAAUAAUAUUUUGGAAUACCAGGAAGAAGAGAACAUUUUGGUGAAUGCGGUGUAUUUUCGCAAUGUAAAAAUCUGAAUCUAGUUGUUUCAAAAUAUUACGUUUUCUAUUGUUCAAAUAAAAAUUUCUUCUUCUUUUGUUUCUUGUUCACUUCCUUUUUUGUUAAGUGUGUUCUAUAUUUAAAUUUAUUGUGAUUUUUUAGUCUUAAUAGACACGCCGACGUAUUGAAAGAAGGAACAAAAAAUAGAGUAAGAUGCAGUAAUAAAAUACAGGGUGUGUUAUUUGAAAAAACUGAAAUGUCUAUAUUUGAGAAUUGGUAAGUUUUACAAUUUUUUUUUAUAAACACUGUCUAUUAAAAUUUGAUUUAAUUGAUAUCGCAAUAAAGGGCGUAACUCAGAUCUUAAAAAUAACAUCAAUGCGAUUUUUUUUGUUGGCCUUUGGAUUGCCAAAAAAUUUCAGAAAAUUGAAAUAACGUGGCAACCUCGCAUAGGAAUGUCAAAAAUGAACUAUUGUUAUUAUAAGGCUUAGGAAGAGGCUAAUGAAAAUAUAUAAAAAUAUAUAGGGUGUUCUCUUUAAUGCAACUAGGUUGUGUGCUAUGCCUCAAAAAGAAAACACUCUGUAAAGUCAAAAAUAAUUUUACCGUUGUGUUUAAUUAAAAUGAGAAUUAAAUUUUUUCAUUAUGUAAAUUGACGUUGUCAUUUAUUUGUCGAUUAGACAACUAUUAGGUUAACACAUUUUUGUCAAACUUAAUUUGAGCGUAACAGAUAAGCUAUUAAUUCGCAAAAUUGACAUUUCAAAGACAACCGUUCAAUUUUCUAACUUCUAAAAUUAAUUUUUUUGACAUUUCCCUUUUUUUGUUGAGCACAACUGUAUAGGGAACGUACAACUUUGGUCCCUAACUUUAACUCCUAAUUUAGUACUUAGUACAACAAUGAUCCAUAUACAGGAUAAUAAAAAAAAAGACAGAUAAACUCCAUGGUUCGUCAUUAAGAAGGCUUCAAACUUGAAGAAUUAACUUCGUGAUUAUGAUUUAUUUGAUAUGAACUCCAUGGCUAAUGAUGGUUAAAUAAUUAGUUAUUAAUAUUUUAUUAAAAAUUUUACUUUUGCUUUUUACUGUUGACGGUCAUUUUUGACAAUUUUAUGGGAAUUUUAGACUUCAUUAAAUUCACAUUAAAAGAUCAGAAUUACGAAGUGAAUUUUUCAACUUUGAAUUUCAAUAAUUUCAGUAAUAUGGUUCAGAGGUUUUUUCACCACGGUUUCUUCAAGUUCAGUAUUUCUUUUUCUGAUUUUUGAUAAAUUUUUUAAAUUUGAAAUAACGUAAUAACGUGAUAAAUUACGAAAAUAUUAGUAGAUUUCACGAAAUUAACAAAGUCUUGCGACGCUGCUAUUGAUAGUUCACGGGAACAUAAACGAGGCGCAUACGCAUAUUUGAAUUUUUACAACAUAUUUUAUGGUUUCUGUAUACAAUAUAAUUUUAGAAGUUUCUAAUGAUGUAAAGAUUUAAGGUCAAAUGAAAUAUGUACAUGAAAAAAUAUUUAAAAAAGUUGACUAAAAUAUAAUUAUAAAAGUAACAUCGUGUCUAAACUGAUUUGAAAUAUUUGAUAAAAUAAAAAAAUUGUUUAUUAAAGGUACUGUAAUAAUUAACUUUUUAUGUUUUAAAAUUAUCUUACACUGAAUCUGUUAUUGAGGAGUUAUACGUCAUAAUGAUAACAUUUAAUGCUAUAAAAUAUUCGUCUUUAUUGUUUUUAAUGUCGAUAUGAUGUGAUCAAAUUAUUAAACACUUGGUAUUGGUAUAAUAUUAAUGAAAAAUAAUAAUAAUAACUGAAGAUAUAUUUGUAAAUUACAUUUCUUUGUAGAAGCAGCCACACUUGAAGCUACCAUUGACAGUUAUUAGCUAUGUCUGUAUUAUACAGGGUGUCUCAGAAAUAAGUACAUUAAUUUUAAUCAGUUAUAGAGCUCAUUGAACUCAACAACUUUUUUUAGUAGAGUUUUGUCAAGAACUUUUUAAUUAUCAAGUUAAAAAUUGUUAAAGUUAUAUCCCAAUUAAGGUUACCCGCCCAUGGAUCCUUAGUCACCCAUGGACACUAAUAGUUAUUAUAAUUAAUAAUGUAUGGUCAAAAACAGUUACUAGGAUACGUAUUUUCCUAAUCGUGUCAAUGUGACAAACAUUUAGAGAGAAAUUGAAAAUACUGCUCCCUAAUGGCGUACGGAAUUUCAUCGGCCCAAAUGUGGGUGUUGAACACCUUCCCUCGUGUAACCGACCUCAUCAGUUGAUGGUAUAAGAGAUACAAAAUUUGCUUGUUCGUUUAUUUUUCUAUUAACCCACUUACAAAAGUUUUGCCUACGUGGUAAGUCUGUUAGUUUCAGUAACUGAACUUUCUGGUCCUGAAAGGGGUACAUUUGUUCUCUGAGUAUCUUCCAAAUACUACUCUCCGAUACAUCACACUAGAGAGUGAUACGUGCUAGUGCCCGGUCGAGCUUCGACACUCUUCAAAACAGCCUCUUCAAUAUUAGCAAUUCUAUUACUGCGUAACUUACCCCGAUCCUGAGGUGCAGGUUUACAAGAUCCGUACUCUCGAAAAUGCUGUAACGUUCUUAAAACUGCGCACAUUUGGCAGACGACGAUUUGGGAGGUUUUCUGAAAAAAUUCGUUGGGCGCGAGUGCCGUUUCCCCGAGAUUCACCGUACGUUAAAACGAUAUCGGUGCAUUCCAGAUUUGAAAACAAAGCCAUUUCAACACAUUUCGUCUAUAAAUUAGAAAUCUAU